UUAAGUCCUCUAUCUACACAGUAAAAUAUGUCUACAAACGCCUACAAAAUAGCUGGAUCCCAACUAGUGCUGUUGGAACAUAUCCUGUACCGCGUUGGAGAGCAAAUCAACUCAAUCAUAACAUUUGUUUACAUAUUCAAGACGCUGUUAUCUCUGGGAAUUUCCGUUCUUUCAGUCAGCUGAGCAUGUUCCACCGUCGGAAUCAUUGCUCAGUUUCAAUCCAUCAGUCGCGGAAGAAACACAGUUGUCGAGCUUUGAGUACCACAAUGUGCGGGUUACGCGCCGUAUCACUAAUCAGUGUGAUUUUCUUCACAUGUGGUAGUGUUGCAGCUGUUGGGGGCAAUAAUUAUUGGUAUCCGAAAGAGCAGCCUGUUGCGACCACCAAACCUUCUUUCCCUGGGAACGGAUACUACAUCUACGGAAGUCAGCCAGCCAACGGUGGUCUGCCAGCCACAACCUACACACAAAGUCACACAACCUACACAAGAGACACAAACUUCGGAGGUCAGUCAGCCAACGGAGGUUUGCCGGCCAACGGAGGUCUUCCAGCCAACGGAGGACUUCCAGCCAACGGAGGUCUGCCAGCCAACAGAGGGCAGCUGCCGUAUGGAACUCCAACCCAUAUAGGUCAAACAAUCUACAGAAGUCAGCCAAAUUACGGAGGUCAGCAACGCUACAACGCAAGACCACGACAGCUAGAAUACAAAUGCAUUGAGGCUAAUCUGCAGUACGACUGUGUGUUCUACAAUGUGCACAUUGACAUGCAAACGCAAGACGCAUACUUUGGCUUUGAGAAUUUAACGCUAAACAACCAGAAGAAUGUUACCUUCAAAAACUCUACCAUGCGCAAACUGCCCGCUGCUUUACUCGCCUCCUUCCGCCAGGUUGAGGUGCUCAAUCUGAAUGGCCUGCAGAUAGAGGAGAUCGAUACGAACGCGUUCGCUUACGCGCACACAAUACAGAAGCUGUCAAUGUCGAACAACAACCUGGAGCGCAUCGAAGACGACACUUUCCAAGCGACUACAGCGCUUCAAAAUCUGCAACUGUCCAGCAACAGGCUUACGCAUGUUGACCUUUCUCUCAUUCCCAGUCUCUUCCACGUCAACGUCAGUUACAACCUGCUCUCUACACUUGCCAUACCGAUCGCGGUAAAAGAGCUACAUGCAUCGCACAUUCGCAUCAAUGCCGUACGCGGGCCCUUCAACAUGGAAUUGACCAUUCUGAAGCUCCAACACAACAACUUAACUGACACUGCCUGGCUGGUGAACUAUCCCAGACUGAUCGAGGUGGAUCUUUCUUACAACGAGUUGAAGAAAAUAACGUACCAUCACUUUUUCACCAUGCAGCGCUUGCAGCGACUGUACGUCUCCAACAACCACCUUGUGGCGCUCGACCUUUACGGCCGACCCAUCCCAACGCUCAAAGUGCUCGAUCUGUCGCACAACCAUUUGCUGCACGUGGAACGUAACCAGCCACAGUUUGAUAGGUUGGAGAACCUUUAUCUCGACCACAACUUCAUCGUGACGCUUAAGCUUAGUGCCCAUCAUACGCUAAAUAAUCUUACCCUAUCGCAUAAUGACUGGGAUUGUAACAGUUUACGUGCACUUUUCAGAAACGUAGCCCAUCCUGCAGUACACGAUGCUGACCAGUACUGCAAGAUCGACUACCAUCUCGAGCACGGUCUCUGCUGCAAAGAAAGUGACAAUCCGUACCUGGACCGACUAUUACAAUGCAUUGCCCUGACGAGCGUGGUGGAGAAGUUGUAGCGUGCACAGGGACGCUGCAGUGAAACAGAUGCCAUCAACAGCGUGCAUAGUCUGUCCCACUACAUCACACAGCAAGGUGAUGUGCCACUGCAGGGUAACGAACAGCUCGAGGCCGAAGUAAACGAGCUGAGGGCUGAGGUGCAGCAGCUUACCAACGAGCAUAUACGACAGGAGCAGCUCCUGGGAAGACUGCAAGCCGAGAUCGAUACCAAUCUACAACGCUACCACCUGCCGAAAGAUGAGUUAGCACGCCCGAGUGAUAGUCUUAACAAACCAUUCACACAUCUGAGGGAACGCCAUUUGCAUGAGUUGGAUAAAUCACAAGUACUCAUUAAAAAGGCUUAUGAUAAGCUCAAGGACCAGAUGGAUGCUAUGGAACAAAAUAUAGAUCUCCGUGUGGAACGGAUAGCUAAACUUAGGAAGCAAUAUGCAUUGAGGCAGGAUACGAUGCUGAAGCGUCAAGUAGUGAAUCAAUUACUGACACAGCUCGGCAAUCACAGACCUAACUAGAGUGGUGCCAUUGUACCAUACAAGACCAGAUAUCGGUAAUUUUUUAAAGAAAAAACUUUGAAUUAAUAUAAUCAUGAUCCAUGCGGGCCAGUGAUGGACAUCAAAAGUUCA